AUUGAGCUUAGUUUUUGAUUGAGGAGAUUAUUGCAGUGUUACUAGAGGGUUGGAUUUUCCACUUCUGUGAUGGGAAUGAUAUUGCCUCACAAUGACGUCCCCCGCUUUUCGCAUUUCUUUCUCGCCAUUCUUUUCGCUUUUGCCAGCUAUGCCGCCAGGUUCCUCCUCGACAAAUUCAUCUUUAGUAGGCUUUCGAUUUGGCUUGUGAGAAACGGAUCUAUGAAUGGGAGGAUGAACCAGGCUACAAGAGCCAAAGUUGCAAAAUGCUCUGAAUCAAUGUGGAAAUUAACAUACUAUGCCACUGUUGAGUUUUGGGUCCUAAGAGCCAUCUAUGAUCAGCCCUGGUUUCUAGACAAUAAGCAGUAUAUCAGAGGCUGGCCAAAUCAUGAUCUUCAGCCUGCCAUUGCACUUGUGUAUAUGUGCCAAUGUGGUUUCUAUAUGUAUAGCAUUGCUGCUCUCCUUUUCUGGGAAACUCGACGUAAAGACUUUUCUGUAAUGAUGUCUCAUCAUAUAAUUACUGUCAUGCUUAUUUCAGGCUCAUACAUGACAAGGUUCUUUCGACCUGGAGCAGUUGUUUUAGCACUUCAUGAUGCCAGUGAUGUCUUUAUGGAAGCUGCAAAAGUGUUAAAAUACGCCGGGAAGGAAUUUGGAGCCAGCUUAUUCUUUGGACUGUUUGCAAUUUCUUGGCUUGUUCUACGGCUAGUUAUUUUCCCAUUUUGGGUCAUAUGGUCUUCAAGUUAUUACAUGAUAGAGGUGUUGAGGCUGUCAGAGGCGUCUCACGUGUUACUAUACUAUGCCUUCAAUACUAUGUUAAUAACCCUCCUUGUCUUCCACAUCUACUGGUGGAUUCUCAUAUGUUCAAUGAUCAUAAGACAGCUGAAAAAUAGAGGACAUGUCGGAGAAGAUAUACGAUCUGAUUCAGAAGAUGAAGACUAGUUGGGAGAUGUGUUUUCUGACACCUUACUUACAUGAUAUAGCCAGCAGCCUUUGUUGGAAGAUUGGUUUAACACUAGUUGUGUUGUUGUUGUAGGUUUUUGGCUCUUCUCCCUCUAAAUAGUUGACACUUCAAUACUGCGAAUGGUUCCUAUCUCCCCCUUUAGAUAAAAAAAGAAAAAAUUGACUGACAAAUGAAAAAGUUACUUGUGAAUGGUGCGCUAAGAUCCUGUUUUGGGGUUGCGAUUAAUUUCUUGUAUUGCAUAUUGAAAAGGUAUAUGAUAUUGAUUGUAUAAUGAGCAAAAAUUACUUGUACUUAUAUUAUUAAUGUUGAUUUUG